AUGCUGCACUUGAUAUGUAUUGCAAUCUACGCCAGAGCCAACAGCACUCUUGAGAGCUAUGCUGUUCUAGACGAGCCAAGAGGAACAGCCGCUUGCGCUUUCGGAGCCGCGGCUGCCCUGGUAGAAGAGCAGGACGUCUCAGAGCCAUGGGGUGACCUGUUUUUGGAUGCCGUGAAUUGGCUCACUGGUUCUAAAGCCGUUUUUGUGAUCAGCGUCAUCCUCCUUUGCUUGGGUACCCAUGAUUCGCUCGCCCAGAUUACGAGGACGAGUUUCUUUUGCGCAGGCACUCUUGAUAGUGCGGCGUCUACCCUCUUCAUCCAAGUUCUGGGUAUGUGUCUAGAUGCUGCUGUACUGGCUCUCUUAUGGCAAAUCAUGUCAUGGACCAAGUCGACGCAUGCUCGACUCCAGGCACUUUCCUCAGUCCUGCAACUCACUUUCGCCCUUGCCCUAAGUGUCUUCACCAUUUCGGCAUUGUUCUCGGGACGUAGCAUCUGGGCCGUCUACAUGUCCGAUGUCUUCACUAGUGGAUUCCUCCUCUCCGCCGUGCUUGUCGCCUUUACCAUUUUGAUGUGCGAAUCCACCCCGAUGGCGCCCGCCGCAACGCUCGUCAUGGCUGUUGGCCAAGUCGCAUCCCUCGAAAAUGUGGCAAGAAUGCAGAUCUGGCUUCAUGGAACAGCGUUCGGAACCAUCCGCCCUCUAUAUUACCUCUUUUUUGGUUACAGCCUCAUUCUUAGCCGGCGCCAUUUCGAAAUGCUUAAAACGAUCCAGCGGCUCUUCAUAUUCUGCUCGCUUGCGGUCAUCAUCUUCACGGCUCUUCCUCUCGCGUUGCUUCGAGAAGGCAGGCAUGAACUCCAUAUACAUCCACUCAAUAAGUUGAUAUACGAGGCGCGCAUCAUGUCUGACACCUGGCUGGUAAAGGUUUCUACUAGUGGCAGCCUGCGUGUGGCCGUUUCGGAAUACCGGGAGCGUAACCACGGCCGGGAACCGCCGCCCGGGUUCGAUGCCUGGUAUUCAUUUGCCCUCGAGAAGAAGUCUGCAAUCAUCGACCACUUUCCCCAGAUUAACCACGAUUUACUUCCAUUCCGGAAGCUCUCUCCCAAAGUUCUACGACAAAGAGUAAGCCAGCUUAGCGACAAACCGGGUAUCGCUGUGGUGGAAAUACGUGGAGGGAAGGUUAGCACUACAUCCACUAUGGGGGAGCCCUCAUCCAAACUGUUGAGCCAUUUGGUGUCCAUGAUUUCAGCAUUCUCCAAACAUCUUCCCGAUAUGGACAUACCGGUCAACCUCCAUGAUCGACCGAGGGUGCUCCAAACGUCCAGGCAGUCUUCCGAUGCCUGGACACCGACUUCAGUUGCUGAGUGGCAGCAUGCGAUAUCUCGGAGCUGCCCACCAGGCUCAAGUGCGCGGUCCCGCACCGCGUGGAGUGUCAGGGACUUCACCACCAGGUACUUGUCCUCUUACUCCAAGUGGCAAUUCACCACCUACUGGGAGGGAUCGCUCGACACCUGCGACCAGGCCGACGUCCCCUAUCUUCACGGCUUCCAUAUGGCCCCACAAGCCAACGGCGACCUGUUCGUGCAGCUCAUGCCUGUCUUCAGCCGCUCCAAAACGGGUGGGUUUGGGGACAUUCUUUUGCCGUUUCCGAACGACGAGGAUGCGGAGCAAGAGUCCAUGGGUAACUUCAACGGCAAGGAGACGAAUCUCUAUUGGAGGGGCGGUGGUCCUCCCCUCCCUAACAACGGUGAGAAGUUCGCCUACGCGAGGAUCCCCACAAUGGAACUCAACGGGCUCCUCCCACUCGACGUCGCCUUCACCACUGAGCGUGAAGCCCACACCUGCAGCGGUACGUCCUGCGACCUCGCCCGUCUAGAGCUAGGCGCCGCGGGGCCCCAGACCGCGCCCCUCGAUCACCGUUAUCUCCUUGUUCUCGACGCCGACACGGGCCCGUCCACAAACCCCACCGCGAUGGCCGCCAUGGGAUCUAGCGCCGUGCCCUUCGUCUCGACCAUCUUCACCCACUGGUACUGGAGCGCCACGCUUUCUUAUUUUACGGGCCUGCAGGACCAGACGCAGAGCGGCGCGGACCGCGAGGGUGAGCAAGGUGAAGGCGGGCAGGAGCCAGGUACAGGCCAUGUCACCAUCGCGGGCAAGGCCGUCGGUCUAAGUGGCAACCUGGACGAUGCGAGGUGGAUCGCCUCUCAGGGCAAGGCCUGGGCCAAAAGGCCCUGA